UCCCCGGGGAGGGCGGUGGCAGCGGCGGCGCGUGCAACUGUCGCCUCAGUCCGGGAAGAUGGAAGAGCUGAGUCAAGCCCUGGCUAGUAGCUUUUCUGUGUCUCAAGAUCUGAACAGCACAGCUGCCCCACACCCCCGCCUAUCCCAAUACAAGUCCAAAUACAGUUCCUUGGAGCAGAGUGAGCGGCGCCGCCGGUUACUGGAACUGCAGAAAUUGAAGCGGCUGGAUUAUGUGAACCAUGCCAGGAGACUGGCUGAAGAUGAUUGGACAGGGGUGGAGAGUGAGGAAGAAGACAAGAAAGAUGAUGAAGAAAUGGACAUUGACACUGGCAAGAAGUUACCAAAACGUUAUGCGAAUCAAUUGAUGCUCUCUGAGUGGUUAAUUGAUGUUCCUUCAGAUUUGGGACAAGAAUGGAUUGUGGUGGUGUGCCCUGUUGGAAAAAGAGCCCUUAUUGUGGCCUCCAGGGGUUCUACCAGUGCCUAUACCAAGAGUGGCUACUGUGUCAACAGGUUUUCUUCCCUUCUGCCAGGAGGCAAUAGGAGAAACUCAACAAAUGCAAAAGAGUACACCAUUCUGGAUUGCAUUUACAGUGAGGUGAAUCAGACCUACUAUGUUCUAGAUGUGAUGUGCUGGCGAGGACACCCUUUUUAUGACUGCCAGACUGAUUUCCGAUUCUACUGGAUGCAUUCAAAAUUGCCGGAAGAAGAAGGACUGGGCGAGAAAACCACGCUCAAUCCUUUUAAAUUUGUGGGACUAAAGAAUUUUCCUUGUACCCCUGAGAGUCUGUGUAAGGUGCUAUCUAUGGAUUUCCCUUUUGAGGUAGAUGGACUUCUCUUCUACCACAAGCAGACCCACUAUAGCCCUGGAAGCACUCCCUUGGUGGGCUGGCUGCGCCCAUACAUGGUGUCAGAUGUUCUUGGUGUGGCUGUGCCGGCUGGACCACUAACCACCAAGCCAGAAUAUGCUGGGCACCAGCUCCAGCAAAUUAUUGAGCACAAGAGGAGCCAGAAGGAGGGCAUGAAGGAACUUCCACACAAGACCUCCGAGAAUGGGCACUAUGAGCUUGAACACCUGUCCACCCCCAAGCUGAAGGGGCCUUCCCAUAGCCCAGACCACCCUGGAAGUCUCAUGGAAAACUAAAGAGGGCAGCUUCCUUUAGGUCACAAGAUGGGUCUUAGCCCCAGAAGGAAGACUGGAGAAGAAGACAGUGACAAUAACUGGUGAUUUCUUUUUAGAAUGGAAUUUCCAAAGGUCAGUCCAUCUGGAAGCAGCUUAUCUCCUAUCUGAAAUGCAGGCUCAAACAGCAGAGGAGGGCCCAGGUUGGGUGGAUUUAGAUUGAUUUGAACAGCUUCUACUGUGAUUAAACAUAUCUCAGAUCCACAGUGUAAAUAUAUAUAAUUCUUAAGAAAGAA